AUGGAGAAAUAAAAAAGAAAAAAACAUGGAGCACAUAAUGAAUCUAAGAGUUUAUGGAAUUAUACACUAUCUCCAGGUUGGUCUUAAGAAGAAGUCAAAAUUCUAAAACUUGCAUUACAAAAAUUUGGCAUUGGAAAAUGGAGAAGUAUAAUCUAAUCAGAAUGUUUACCAGAUAAAUCUAUUGGUUAAAUUUACAUUUAAACUUAAAGAAUGCUUGGAUAAUAAUCUUUAGGAGAUUUUAUGGGUUUUAACUUUUAUCAUAUUAAAAUAGGAUUGUAGAUUGAUUUAGAAAAGGUUUGGAUAGAUAAUAAUUAAAAAAAAGGAGUAAUGAGAAAGAAUGGAUGUGUUAUAAAUACUGGUGAUAAUCCUAAUAAAGAAGAAAGAAAGUAAAGAAUUGAAGAAAAUAGAUAAAAGUAUUCAAUAUCUUAGGAGGAAGUAAAUAUAAAUGUUAAUUAUAUGAGAUUAAUAAAAUAAAAUUACCAAGAUUUAAGAAUGAUUGUGUAGCUAAAUAUUUUACAAUUUAAGAAAUUGAAAAUGAUUAAUUUACAACAAUAGAAAAAUUAUAACAUUUCUUUAAUCUAGAAAUUGAAAUAGAUAAAAAACUCAAAAAAAUUUAGCUUGUAAAAUUCAAUUAAAAUGUUAACAUUAAUGGCAAUCAUAAUCAAAAUAAUCACUAUGAAGAAUAAAAAUGA